AUGCAGCAGUGGAAGAAUUGGAGACGUCCCUCCCUACGUCAAUCGCAUGACCCUGUCUUGACGGCCGAGGACGAGGCAUUCCUACAGGAGAUCAUGUCUGAUCCGGCGAAUCAAGGACCAGUCUCGCCGUCUACUGAAGUUGAUAACCAUCUAUCACCUGUGUCCCCUGUACCAACGGAAACGCUGGAAACCAGCCAAUCGCCCGUGUCACCGGCAGAGGAGUUUGGUAGGGAGCUAGGGGAGGAAGAACGGAAGGCCAGGGAGAAGACAGAGCGCUCUCAGAGCGUCUCACAGGAUUCAAAAGCCGAGGCUUCUUCGCAGAAGAGGGGGCCAUGGAGCUGGAUUCGAAGGAAGAGUACCGUGGAAAAGAAGGUCCCGAUUCCUCCACCGUUCUCACCUACUCAAAAUGAUGUACAACCAUCCGAGCGCAAAGACGAUGACGAAGCGAAGCAAGAAGCAGAAGAUAUGACGGAGAUCCUCGAGCGCCUUAACCUGGCGGCCGAAAACAAUCGCGUGUUUUCCAUAAGUGACGAGACAAGGGAGCUGCUACGUAAAUUCACAUUGAUCUUUAAAGACUUGGUCAAUGGUGUUCCCACGGCAUACCAUGAUCUUGAAAUGCUCCUCAAGAACGGCAAUAAACAACUGCAAAGCACAUAUUCUCAGCUCCCGAAAUUUAUUCAAGGUCUGAUCGAGAAGCUCCCUGAGAAAUGGACCGAGACACUGGCCCCUGAAGUUCUUGCAGCUGCCACUGAAAAGGCCAGCAAAAGCGGUAUCAACGUGGAUAAUGUAGGCAAGGCCGCCGCUGCCGCCAACAAGAUGGUGUUAAAGGUGCCGAGCUUGAAAGAACUGGUGGGGAAGCCAGCAGCACUUGUAGGAAUGCUACGGUCCAUCAUGGCUUUUUUAAGAGCCAGAUUCCCGGCCGUGUUGGGUAUGAAUGUGCUUUGGUCAUUGGCAUUGUUUAUCCUUUUGUUUGUGCUCUGGUACUGUCACAAACGUGGUCGUGAGGUCCGACUCGAAAAUGAGCGCCUUGUGACAGAGGAGGAGAUUGGGAAACUGAAUGAUGCAUCCUCUGAAGGAAAGAUCCGCCGGACUGAGACGUUGACGACCACGGCUCCCCGAGGAGCUUCCGCCGCGGAAAUCCGCCAGGGGGUGAAGGAGGUCGAACAAGCACGGGGGGCAGCCGCUACUGCGAGUAGCUCCAAGGGAAAGGAAAAUGCGCCUAGUAAUGACAUCGCUACCAGGCCCAAAAGAUCCAAGUCAAUAAUGUCAAUCUGGUCUAGAUCAGACCAGAAAGCGACACCGGCAGCACCGAAAAUUGAACCUUACCCGGGCACAUGA